AUGGCGACGUCAAUCCCCACGAUCCCAGCACCUCUGUACGGCAAGACCGCUUUGGUGACCGGCGGUUCUCGUGGUAUCGGUCGAGCGAUAGCUGUCCAUCUGACUCGUCUCGGAGUCUCCGCCGUGGCCCUCACCUACGCCAGCAACAAGACCUCCGCCGAUUCUACACUGACCGCGAUCCGUGAGAUCAACCCCGACGUCAAGGCCAUCGCCAUUCACGCCGACAUCCUUUCACCUGCGUUCGCACCAGACCUGAUAUCCGCCACGCUCUCCGAACUCGACACCACGACAUUGAACAUCCUCGUCAACAAUGCGGCGUUGGCCGACCCGGCGGCAAACCAGCCCAUCUCGUCCGCCACGCACGAGAAAUUCCAACAGCUCAUGACCGGCAAUGCAUGGGCACCGACCCAACUCACGCUCCAAGCUCUCCCACAUCUGCCUCGCGGUGGCCGUGUGAUCAAUAUCUCAAGUACCGCGAGUCGGCAGCCGAACCAGGAGAUCGCGACCAUGUACGGCGCCUCCAAGGCCGCCUUUGACAGCUUCACAAGAUCACUGGCGUUUAAUUAUUCGGCGGAGAAAGGGAUAACGAUCAAUUCUGUCUGUGUUGGGCCAACUAUGACGGACGUGAUGCGUGCCAUUCAGGCUGCGGGAAUGACGUGGAUGGAAGACCUCAAGAAUGCGGCCACGGCAGAGAAACGUCUUGCUGAGCCGGAAGACAUAGCGUGCGUUGUGGGAUGGCUUGCGAGCGACGAGGCGAGGUGGGUAAAUGGGAACCAUGUGCCAGCGAACGGAGGCAGUAUGUUGGAGUUGCAAGGGUAG